AUGCAAGACACCGCGGCGGCCUCUGAAGUCGCCCCGCAGCCUUCCGCGGGAAUUGCGGCCGGCCCCCAACCGCCCCUCCGCGAACCCGACAAGGCCAAGAAUGCGGCCAACCAUCCACCUCCCGCGGAGGAGCGCCGCGCGCACGCCCACCAGCGCGCACACUCACCCUACCGCGACGCCCCUCCGCCGCCACACCCGUCGCACCGCGCGUUGCAGCCACCCUCCGUGAGCCCUCUCCGUCCGCCGCGGCCACGUCACCACUGGCGAUCCGCGUCAGUCAGCGCAGCGGAAGAGAUUGCGGCGGCGGCAGCAGCAGCAGGAGCUGAUCCCGCCGACCACGCCACCAUGCGCGCCGAGGAUGACGGCGAAAUCUCCGUCACGUGCUUCGGCGCCCCCGGCAGCCGCGGACGUGCGUGGCUCGGCGGAAAGGCGUCCGCCGUAAGCGGCGCGUCCGCCGCGGUGCUGGCUCCGUCCGCCUCGAAACGAUGGCGGCGGCUCAAGGAGCAAUGGCGGCAUGCGGAGGGGCAGGGGGAGGGGGAUUCCGGGGAGGCGGAGGAGGAAGAGCGUUCGGAGGCGGGGAUAGAACACGCUGCAGCGAGCGCUGAGAGCAGCAGAAGUAGCGGGGGUUUGAACGGGGGCGCGGAGGAUGGUGGCGCAGAUGCGGGGAGAGCAGCGCUUCCAGAGAAAAAACCCGGGCUGAGGGGCAGAGCGGGGCCGUGGGGCUUCCGCUCCUUGUCCGUCACCGCCAUUACCAACCCAGCUUCCGAACCUGACUCUUCCGAAGGUACUUCCGAGGCUAGGCCCGGGGCAGCGGAGGGGGGGAUGGUGAUGAACAGGCGCAGUGGGGUGGUGAAGAUGAUGCGAUCCGUCUCCACCAACCACGCUCGGGCGUCGCCCUCGCCCGCUCUCCCCGCCCCUCCUUCCUCCCCCUCCUCCGCCUCCGCCUCCGCCUCCACGUCCGCCUCCUCCUUCCCCCCUGUCCCCUCCUCCUCCGUGGAUUCGUCGGUGUCGCGCGCUGUCCCCCGCCUGCCGCAUCUCUUCUCGCUGGUCAAGCGCCCGUCCACCGCCCGACCCACUGCAGCCCGUGCUGCUGCUGCCACCAGCGACAGCACCAGCGGGGAAGGUGGUGACAUUAGCACUGGCACGGGCAGUGGCAGUGGCAGUGGCAGUGGCAGUGGCAGUGGCAGUGGCUGUGUGCAGAGCACCGCGAGCAGCUCAGGGGCUGGUGGGGGAAAAGAGGACCCAGCCGCACCUGACGGCACGCACGAAGCCUUUUCAGACGCAGUGGGGCGCUGCAGCGUUAGUGCCAUUGCUGCUGCUGCUGCUGCUGACAGCAUUGAUGGCAGGAAUUGGAGUGGCGAGUUGCAGCGUGGUGGUGGUGGCGGUGCGGGCCCAGCAGCAGCCCUGCUGCGCAUGCCCAAGUCCCGCUCCGUCUCCGCCGCCCUGCCCUCCCGCCCACCCGUCACACGCACAGCGCCACACGCAGGGGGCUCGGACGCAGAUAGGCCGGGUGACGGGCGGAGGAGCGCGGGAGCAGGGGAGCGUGAUCGGGGCGGCGGUGUGCAUGGCGAGGAGUCGGCAGGCAGGGGGCAGGUGAGGGGGCACCGUCACAGCAAGUCCCUGCAGCACGUGCCUACUCCGCUGCCCUUGCUGCACAAUGGGGGCACAGGAGCGGGGGAACUUGGGAAUUCCGCAACGAGCAGCAGCAGAGGAGGUGGGGUGAGCGGUACUGGCAAUGCAGACGGAGGGGAUGGUGUGGUGGCAGGGGAGGGUGCGGUGGUGGCGGCAUGGGCAUGGGGAGCACCGGAUGCAGAGCGCUGGUUGGACGGCCACUCACGCCCUCCUUCCGUUGCCGGUCUUGAUCAACCCCUCACCGCACACAUCACCCUUGUGCCCACCGCCUCUCCUCCCGAGCCUGUUCAGCGUGUUAGCUCCGUGCCCGGAGCUGGUGUGCGGCCCAGAUUAGCCAAGCUGCCUGGUUCGGGAUUAGGCUCGGCGGCCAGGGGUGGUGUGGCGCCCCUGGUUGGCGCAGCAAGGAUGUUCCGCAGCGCCAGUGAGGGAGGGCCGGGGCAGAGGAAGGCAGAGCACGCGGAGGGGGCGGGAGGCACAGCAGGGGGCGCAGGUGCAGCAGCUGCGCGGCUGUCACACCUGGGGUCGUUCCGGCAGGGGCUCAGAUGGGGAGCGGGCGACGGGGGGGGAAAGGGGGCAGGCAGGGCGGAGAGAGACGCAGUGGGCAGUGCUUUGGUGGGUGGUGGAGCUGGGAACGCAGGUGAGCGUGCAGCAGCAGGAGGAGGGAGCACGAGUGGAGGUAGCGUGCGGGUGGUGUGCCUCACAGAGGAUGUGCAUUCCGAUCGUGAUCCUUCCCCUGCCGUUGCAGCACCUGGAUCAGGCGCACACGCAGGAGAACAAGGGGCAUUGGCUACAGCAGUAUCAUCGGGAGGAACUGGAGGCGGUGCUGUGGCGCUGGUGGGGGGGAAGGCUAUAGUGCGCGGGUCCAUCAUAUCGCCCCUGCGCACCCAAACCCCUGCUACCACCGCUGCUGCUGCUGCUGCUGGGAGUAGCAGUCGCAGCAGCCGGCGCAGCAAGGGACAGCAGCAAGAGAGCGAGCCUGCGGGUUCCUCCCCUCUCCAUGCUGCGCCUGACACCCCACACUCCCCUGUGGACAGCCCUGGUCCCUCUGCCAGCGAGCACGGCACCACGGCCUCUGUGCUCGCCCCGCUCGCCCCCGCACAGGUGGUCUUCGUGCCGCGCCUGCUGCCACCCGCCGCUGUGAGAGCACCCGCGCUGCACUCUGCACCGCGCGAGGCUGAGGGGGGACGCACUGUGGGAGCAGCAGCUGCCGCCGCUGCUGCAGCCGCCACUGCUGCUGCUGCUGGCACUGACAGUGGGUUUGGGGGGGGCAGUGGCAGUGAGGGUGGCGGGGGCAGGGUGGGGCGGCACAGGCGAGUGGAGUCGGACCCGUGUGUGGGGGCCGUGCUGAGACGCACUGGUGAAGGCCGGUGGGGCCAUGGCUCCAAGAGGAGUGGCGCGCACAGCACAGCAGGCACAGGCGCCUCAUGGGAUGUAAACGGCGGGGGGGAGGGUGAGGGAAGAGAGGGUGGGGAGUUGGGAGGGGGGAGUGGAAGUGAGGGGGGUGAUGCAGCAGAGGGUCCGGCAAAGGCCAUGGUGCUGGGCGGGAUUAUGAUUGCGAGGGGGCGCAGGGAGCACAGCACGAGCGCCCCUGCUUCUGGUGGGAGUGGCAGUCGGGGGCGACACCGCGUGGGCAAGGGGGCGAGGGGGCUGGGCGGGGGCAGGGGCGGAGGGGGUGCUGGAGAGGGAAAGGCGGAUGGAGGGGCGGAGGAUGGUGUAGAGCCUGGGGAAGGGAGUGUGGUGGAGCGAGGGGCGUGGGGCGGCAGAGGGGCGAGGGGAGUGUAUGGGAUGGACAAGGUGCUAGCACAGCUGGCACGGCUGGAAGAAGACAUGGCUGCCAAGGGUAAACCACCCCGGAAAAACAACAACAGCCGGGGAGCUGCAGAUGCUGCUGGUGGAAGUGGGGGUGGGCGCGGCAGGAAGAAAGGAGUGCGAAAGCAGAAGGGAAGGGCGCGUGAGAUGAUGGGAGGUCCUGGCGAUGGCGAUGGCAAUGGCAGUGGCGAUGGCAGUGGCGAUGGCAGUGGUGGUGUGAGAGGCACGCGAGGUGCACGGCUGAUGGGGCUGCGUGCAGCACAAACUCAUGGGCCAGCCGGGGAGGGAGCAAGAGGAGCCUUGAGAGGAGUAGCAGGUGGUGCGAAACAGCGUGACUCUGCGAGUGCCUCUGCAACGCCCACAGGGGCAGAGGGACUUGCGGGGUAUGUGGGGAAUGUGGGGGAGUGUCACGGUGACGAGUGGUCGGAGGCGGCAGCAGGAGAAAGAGGGCGAAGAAGAGAGAAAGGGGGAGGCGGAGAGAGAGACUUGGAGGUUGCACGGGGCGGCGAGAUUGGCAGCUCUGGUGGCAGCAGCAAGGUAGGGGAGCAGCGAGUGGUGGAAGGUGCAGUGGAGGAGGAUGGGGAGGACAGCGAGGCAUGGGUGCAGGAGGUGCUGCGGCGCAACAAGGCUGUGUGUAUGCGCAUGGGGGGAGGGAGGGCGCAGGGGCAUGGGGGAGAGCAGGGGGCGGACCAUGGGGAGGGCGGGGUAGAGGGGGAAGGGGGAGACGGCGGGGAGCAUGAGCAGUGUGGGAGCUACAGCGAGGAGGAGGCACAGCACCGGGCAGCGCAGUGGCUGCGGCAGCAGGGCGCACCGGAGCCGUGGGCGCACGCCCUGAGCCUGCGCCUGCACCGCCUGGGCGGCAGCUGGGAGAGCGAGGACGUGGUGGUGGUUGACCACCAUGGGCGGCAGGUCGCCCCAGGGGGAGAUGCCCGGGGGAGAGGUGCACACGGGGUGGAGGGCACGGGGGGGAUGGGCGAGGGGGAGGGCCCGGAGGGGGCGGGGCGUGGGAGGAGGAGGAGGGUGGAGUAUGAGUACGGGGCGCAGUACGAGCUGCUGCGCAUCCUGAGCGGCGGGUUUGCUGUGAGCGAUGAUGAUGCCGCAUCUGUGGCGUCAGGUGCAGUGGAUAUGAUGCUGGUGGACAUGGGGGGUGGUGGGGGCAUUGGGGGAGGUGGGGGCAUUGGGGGAGGUGGGGGCAUUGGUGGGGUUGGGGGGGGCAUGGGAGGGAGUAUGGGUUUGGGUGUGGGUGGGUUGGGGGUGGUUGGGCACACUCCCAGGGGCGUGGGGAUGCUGCGCACAGCCAGUGGGCGGUGGGGCAGUGGCGCUCUGGCAGGCCGGCUGGGGAGCGGCACCUGGGGGAGCGGGCGCCUGGGGAGUGGGCAGUGGGGGAGCGGGCAAUGGGGGAGUGGGCAGUGGGUGGGGCAUGAGGUGUGGGGGGACGUGGUUCAGGAAGGGAAGGAGGGAGAGGAGGAGGAGGAGGAGGAGGAGGAGGAGGAGGAGGAGGAGGAGGAGGAGGAGGAGGAGGAGGAGGAGGAGGAGGAGGAGGAGGAGGAGGAAGAGGAGGGGGGGGAGGGAAGAGGGGGAGGGGAGGAGACACAAGAAGGGAGUGGCGAAGGUGUGGGUAUGACAGUGGGACGUGGAGGGAGAGCAGAAAAAGAGCGAGCUUCUGCUGACUAUGAUCGUGACGACAUCCCUGCUUCCAGGCAGCAGCAACACGAGCAGCGGCAGCGGCAGCGCCCGUGGCGGAGGCAGAGAGGGAGCAAGCAGUGGCAGGGGCAGGAGGAGGGUGCAGGUACCAGUGGCGAUGUGGCGGGUGGGGGAGAGGUUCGGGACUGGGAGGCGGGGAGCGAUAGAAAGGUGGCCACACAGCUGCAGCAGCGGCGGCAGCAGCAGGAAGAGAAAGAGGAGGGAGCGGAGUGGGCGGUGGGUGCAGAGGGGUGCGUGGACGGGGAGAGGGUGUGUGGGUCGCUGGUGUGUGACGACGGCAGCAGCUGCAGAAGCGGCGGCGAGGUGCAGGGCGGGUGGCAUGCAGCGGGGAUGGAGCCCACCACUGACUCACCUCACAUGGGUGCGUCUGUGCCUGCUGCUCGUGAUGGGGAGAACGCGUCCCUGCUGCACCACAAGAAGCAGCAGCAGCAGCAGGGAGAGGGGCUGAAGCGGGGAGGGCAGGGAAGGGAGGAGUGGACUGGGGUGGAUGAGUGCGGAGAGGAGCAGAGCCCGGAGGAGAGGGCAAGCAGGUGUGACACGGGUGGCAGCACGGGCACCUGUGUGGUGUGGUCUGUGGGCAGCCGGAACCAGCACGGCUUCCCUCUGUGGGAGGAGCCCUCUCCUCGGCCCUCGGAGUGUGUUAGGGAGGGGGUUGAAGAUGCAGAGGAGGUGGAGGAUGGGUAUGGAGAAAGGAUGAAUGACUUGAAGGCCCAUGUGGGAAGAAAUGGCCAGUUUGUGGGGAAUGGGGGGGAGGGAGAGGAGAGUGAGUUUGAGGGGGAAGGGGAUGAGAACGAUGAUGGGGAUAUGGGAGGGUGCAUGGAGGAGAGCAUGAUGCUGAUUUUCGUGAAUUUCCACCUUGUUCCACACCUCCGUGCACAUCUCUCCUUGUUCCCAAUCUCACCUCCUCGCCCUCACCGCACGUGUGCUCUUCCCGUUUUCUCCGCGCUUGACGCACUUUUUCCGCUCCCCGCAUCGCGCUCAUCCGCCGCUGUGAUCGCGCCAUGCUGGACGAUGACGUGUUCGAUGACGUGGAUGGAGGCGGCGCGGACUUCAGGGAGUGGGACCGCGAGGCGCAGGUUCGCCGCGACAACUUCGUCAAGGUACCCGCGCGCGCACGCUCUUACUCUCGCAAGAUCGCACGAUCGCACGCUUCACGCUGGAAAGUCCCACUCGCUGCGGAAGUGUGUGGGGUCCGCGCGCAAACCCUUCUGCGCAUUUGCAUCUCGCCCCUGCGCUCAUCGUACCCUUCCUUCUCCUCUCGUUUCCCCGUCCCUCAUGGCGCCUCCCCCCACCACCCCCCCGCCCCCGCGGCGCGGCACGCAGCUGGGGUACCGCGACGGCAUAAUGGCGGGCAAGGAGGCGGCGGCGCAGGAGGGGUUCAACGCGGGGUUCCGCGAGAGCUGCGCGCACGGCUUCCGCUGGGGGCACGCCAGAGGACUCGCCAGUGUGCUCUCCUCACUGCCCCCAGACGUGGCAUCCCACGUGCGCGUGCCCUCCGCGCCCCGCCACUGCAUGGCGCAGCUUGCCCGCGCCAUGGCGCUGCAGGGCGGGGAGGUGGGGGGGGUAGAGGGGCAGAGGGCGGAGGGGAGUGGGGAAGGGGGAAGGGGGGGCAGUGAGGGCGGGGUGGGCAGUGCAGAGGCGGGGGCGCGAGCAGAGGAAGCAAGCACUCGUGUGGUUACAGCUGCCCUGGCUGCUGUUACCGUGGGGACUGGGGAGAAGGAGGCUGAGGGGAGCGGGCCAAGGGUGGGAGAGGGUGGCAGCACGGAGCAAGGGGUUGGUGCGAGUGGGGCGUCAGGCGCACCAGGUGCAGCACAGGGCUGGGCCUGUGGAGGCGGAAAGGGAAUUGCUGCUGUGAACUGCUGCGGUGGCGGUGGGUGUGGAACUGGCACUGGCAGUGGCAGUGGCAGUGCUACUGGCAGUGGCAGUACUACUGGCAGUGGCAGUGCUACUGGCAGUGGCAGUGGGUGUGGUUGUGGCAAAGGGGCGUGUGAAGCAGGGGCGCAUUCCUCGUGUGCCUGCCAGCAUGCGUCUAGAGGCGACUGUGGUGGAGCCGGUGUUGCUGACAGUGCAGCAGACAGUGCUGCAUUGGUUGAACAUUUCUCACAUGGGCUGGUGGCGGAUGGGGCAGAAAGGACUAGUGUAGCAGGGGAGGAAGGCGAGGGUGUGUUGCAUGGGGACAGUUUGGCUGCUGCAAGUGCAGGAGGGCAGGGUGAAGAAGGACGGAUAAUGGAUGGAGAAGCGGGGGUCAGGGUUGAUGCAGUCACGACUGAUUCAGUCACAAGCGAUGCAGCCACUCCUGGUGGGACCAUGCAAGGGGAGCGUCACCUUGCAACAGCAAUGCAGCUGGUGAGCAGCCUGCAUGCAUCCAUGCAUGCACCCGCACACCCUGUUUCUCCUGCUGCAGGUGAUGCCGUGCCGGCGGCAAGCAGCAGAGGUGAGACGGGGGGUGCUACUGCAGCUGUGAGUGGUGAUGCAUCCAUGCCAGCUGGCAGUGUGGCACAGGCUGGCAGGGAGAGCGGAACAGCCGGACCUGCGGAGCCAAGCCCUCUGUGGAGGAUGGUGGGGGAAGGGGCUGUAGUGGUGGGAGGGACCAAGGUGGGUGGGGGUGUGGCAGAGGGUGCAUUGGCUGGGGCAUCGGCGGCCUCAGUAGUGCAAGGCGUGCACGCCUCUUUGGUGGCAGGAGUGGCAGCACUGCUGGGGGAUGAUGCAGGGAGAGUGCCGGAAAGAUGGACAGACAUUUUAGACGGUUGA